ACUUAGGUUCCAUUUUCUUCCUUUUGGUCAUGCCAAUUUUUCUUUCUCGGGAAUUGGGCAUCUAGUGAUACUGUGAUCUCCCAAGUCCGGGUUGCGUAUUUCCAAAAAGUACCCGAAUCAACUCAUUGAAGCAGUGUAUCGCUAACAAUAGUCUCACAAUGUCCGGUGUCGAAUUAAGUGGCCUCAUACUGGGAGGGCUCCCAUUGGUAAUCGCCGCGUUGGAGUUUUACCAGACGAGCAUAUCGCGCCGGAAGUAUCGAACGACUAAAAGCGAUAUCUUGAAAAUCGAACAAAGUCUCAAGUACCAUCAGGUUCUCCUUCGUAGCACAUUAAAAUCCUUACUACGUCAAUCGCUCCCCGAGUCAGAAAUCGAAGAACUCCUCGAGAAUCCAACAGGCUCUAAAUGGCAAGAUAAAGAGAUCGAAUCAUCGUUGAGGGAAUCUCUCGGUCCUCGUGGAUACAUUGUGUUUUCCGAGACUACUGGGGAGCUAUUUGAAACGGUUUCUUCCCUGCAGAAGUCGUUGCGUACGAUCGCGGCCCCGGUUGGGUUGGAAGGUUUUCGGCUGCUCCCUCGAAGUUACCGCCUUUCAGAUACAACUAAGGCGAUUCAGAGAUUGGAGAAACAUAAUGAAAGAUUGAGACAACUCGUUGAAAAUCUUCCGAAAACCCGGGGACAAGUAAUCGAAAAUAUCAGCGAAGCAUUUACUAAUGCAGGAGGGAUUCAAGAGAUAGCUCGGGUUUUAGAGGAUAUCGCAAAUGCCAGAUCAAGAAUUCCGCCAGGCGCCGACGACGACGUUCAUAGCAUGUAUAGCGUAGAGUCUGAGAUCGGCGAUGAAGGGGCGAGCCUCAGUUAUUUACCAUUAUCGUUACAGGAUGUAAACGAACCCAAAAAAAGCUUGAAGGAGCAAGCAUUGCUUGAUACCGGCGCCAAUGCCUGUGCGAUAUCGAUUAACCUUGCUCUGCAACUUGAUCUAAAUAUUAAGACAACCGAAGAGACAGUGGUCAAGACUGCUGCUCUAAAGGAAGAAUUACCCGUGGCGGGGCAAGUCCACCUAAAUCUGCGAUGGAAAGAGAAUGAAGAAAAUAAAUUCGGCACGAGGAUGUGGGUGUACGUGGUAUACGGGUUGACCCAUCCGAUACUCCUGUCGCACGACUUCACGCAAAAACACCCUGAAGUAUGGAGUAUCGCCAAGACGAUCAUCCAUCUCCCAAAGCAGCUCAAUGUCAUAUGGUUCAAUAAACUUGACGAAAAGCAGAAGAAAGCCGAAGAAGCGUACCGGGCUCGGUGCCUACAGAGGAACACGGCGAUAUCUGAUGCUGAGAAACAGGAACGCCUUAUCGAACAAGAUCAGCUGUUAGCUAGUUCUGUGCAAAGCUCGACGACUGGGUCAUCAGCUACCUCGACGUCCGGGUUGACACCAAAUGCUACUUCUAGUGCGACAUCUAACUCGGCUUCCGCUUCGGCCUCGACUGGUACAACUAGCAACUUGAGCGGGUCUCCUGUGUCUCCAUGAUGUUUUUCGUGUGCUACUUUACCGAGAACUACACCAAUUUAAUUAGCGAAAGAGAGCCACGAUCAUAGCUAUGGCGGUGAAGACGAUAGAGAAGCAUAUAGGGGCAGCUAGCGCUGGCAUUCGCUCCGUUUCACGAGAAAUAUAUGCAAAAAAAUAAACAUAUCGUUAUAGGUUGUACGGGCUUGCGAUACUCCAUGUGUUACACAUGAUGAUGGAACUGUAUUGACCAUUCUGUUUGAUGUGGAAGUCGUGUAGGAAUAGCUAGGAUCGAGUUCCUGGUAUUUCUCUCGAGUUAUUGAAGAUUCUUGAAACUUUGGGCUGUUUCCUAAGACCGAUAUCAACCUAAAACAGUACAGAAUAUUGGCCGACGAGUAUGUAUAUGGCAGAAGACGAUUAUAUUAUUGCCCGACUCUCGAUAUCGUUGAUUUCCUGAGUAUUUGGGGGUUUGCCCAUCGUCCUUGGCCGCGUGGGCCUGUGUAAUUAGAAUAGAAUACAAUAGAAUACACUCUGUUGAUAAGGGUAUGUCUCGUCAAGUCACUUGGGUCUUCUAAUUCUUUUAAUGGCCUGUGAUUAGACGAACCUUUGAUAAGUGCCAUCGAGAUAGGUCUGUAACAAUUAAUUGUU